AUGGCGGAAGGCGGCGAUGAUCCACAGCGAUUGAAGAAGAUUGCAGCGGCAGCCUACGACUACGACAAGGACUCUAGAUGGGCGGAUUACUGGUCCAAUAUUCUCAUCCCUCCUCACAUGGCCUCUCGUCCCGAGGUCGUCGAGCAUUUCAAGCGCAAAUUCUACCAACGCUAUAUGGAUCCUGAUCUUAUAGUGGAGCCUAUGUCGACUUCAUCGUCUUCUUCGCAAUCUACCAGACCAUCUGCUACUUCUGCAUCUACUAAUGCAAAUGAACAAACUCGUUCGCGGAACUCAGUUCCUCGAACAUCUGGUCCAUCUGCUACGACUGGUGCAAACCCAAGUUCAAUGCGCUGGGAUCAGCAGACAAUUCAGUUUUCUGUCAAUGCUUGGGUUUUCGUUAUAGCUGUGCUGGCAGUGUUACCUCUAGUACCAAAGAGCCUCUCAAAUAGGGCUUAUCGUCUGUCUUUCAUGGGAACUGCAUGCUCAUCUCUGUAUUCCUUGUACUCUCUUUACGGUAGGCCAAGGGCAUGGAAUAUGCAAGGGCUGCAAGUUUAUUUUCAAUCAAUUGUGGGAGCAAAGGAUUUCAUCUAUUUCAUCUACUGCCUUACAUUUGUCACUUCGCAUCUCUGUCUCAAGUUUGCUUUGAUUCCCAUCUUGUGUCGAGCACUUGAACAAGUGGCCAAGUUCUUGAGGCGUAACUUCGCUCGCUCCACCAUAUACAGAAAGUACUUGGAAGACCCUUGUGUGUGGGUGGAGUCAAACACAACUACCCUCAACAUCCUCUCAUCGCAGGCUGAGAUAGCAAUUGGCUUCCUUCUGCUUAUCUCUCUGCUCUCAAUUGCAUUUACUCGUUUUCACUCAUCUGAUCAAAACUGUCGUUUUACUUACUGCAGAUGGCAACGCAACAUUAUACAGACAUUCAUGUAUUGGCAGCUAUUGAAGCUGAUGUAUCAAGCACCAGUAACAGCAGGUUACCACCAGAGCACAUGGAGCAGAAUCGGGAGGACGGUGAAUCCGAUAAUCCAACGUUACGCUCCCUUCUUGAAUACUCCGAUGAGUGCCGUUCAGAGAUGGUGGUUCAGCGUACAGUAG